AAACUUUAAAAGUUCACAUUUCAGGCAAAGAACAGAAAGUCCAUUCAUAUGAACCAAUUAUUGUCUUCUUCAAGAAGCGUAGCCACCGCCGCCGUCACUUUAAUCUCUUCUCUCACUUUUCAGUCUCUAAAGCAAUUCUCGACUACGACAACAAAACCAACCAAAUGGAACUCACCAACCAACACCAUAAUCACUCACCCAAUUCUCUUAGCAAUGGAAUCAUGCACUUCAAUGCUUCAAUUGAAGCAAAUCCAAGCUCACAUGACAAAAACCGCUCUCAUUACCCACACUUUCCCGGUUAGUCGUGUCUUAGCCUUUUGCGCUCUCUCUGACUCUGGAGAUAUAAACCAUGCCCAUCUCCUGUUUUCCCAGUUACAAAACCCCAAUACUUAUAUUUGGAAUACCAUGAUUAGAGGCUACUCUAAAGCCAAAAUGGGCCAAACUGGCUUCUUGUUUUUCUGCCAAAUGGUUCAGAAAGGUGUUGAAAUGGACUGUAGGAGUUUUGUUUUCGCGCUCAAGGCGUGCGAGCAGUCUUUGGGAGUUUUAGAAGGAAAAUCAGUUCAUUGUGUUGUUUGGAAGAUGGGUUUUGUUUAUACUUUGUUGGUUCAAAACGGGUUGGUUCAUUUUUAUGGUUUGCGUGGUUGUUUGGGUUUAGCACGUCUAGUGUUUGAUGAAAUCUCUGAAAGAGAUGUUGUGUCUUGGACUUCUAUGAUUGAUGGGUAUUCUAAGCAUAAAUGGUGUGAAGAGGCCUUGAAACUUUUUGACUCCAUGUUAAUGUAUGGUGGUGUUGAGCCAAAUGAGGUUACUAUGAUUGCAGUUCUUUCAUCUUGCUCCCAGAAGGGGGAUUUUAUAUUGGGGAAGACUUUUCACGAGUAUGUAAAAACAAGGAAUGUGACUCGUAGCUUAAAUCUGAUGAAUGCAAUCUUGGAUAUGUAUGUGAAAUGUGGCUGCUUGGAUUCUGCUAGAGAGAUUUUUGAUUCCAUGGGGGUUAGAGAUGUGUUCUCAUGGACAAGUAUGGUUAACGGGUAUGCUAAAAACGGUGAGCUAGAGAUGGCGAGAACAUUGUUUAAUGAGAUGCCUGAGAGGAAUGUGGUUUCUUGGAAUGCCAUGAUUGCUGGGUAUUCUCAAAAUAACCAACCGAAGGAAGCUUUAGAAUUGUUUCAUAACAUGUUGGAGGCUGCAUUUGCUCCAAUGGAGAAUACAUUAGCUUGUGUGCUCCCUGUUUGUGGUCAAUUGGGUUGCCUUGAUGUUGGUCAGUGGAUCCAUCGAAACUACGUCAGAAUGAGAUACAACGAAAUUAGUGUGAUCUUAGCAAAUGCGCUCAUAGACAUGUAUGCUAAAUGCGGAGUCAUACAUGAAGCUGCAAAAGUUUUUAAUGACAUGCCAGAGAGAAACUUGGUCUCUUGGAAUUCCAUGAUUACUGCUUAUGCUUCUCAUGGGCACGCUAAGCAAGCUCUGAGUGUUUUUGAGCGAAUGAUAAAUGGAGGGUUUAAGCCAGAUGAUAUUACAUUGGUGGGUGUCCUGUCAGCUUGCAGUCAUGGUGGCUUAGUAGCCGAAGGUCGAGAGUAUUUUCAAAACAUGAAACGAAAGUAUGGUAUAGAACCCAAGAAUGAACACUAUGCUUGUAUGAUCAAUUUACUCGGUCGAGUUGGACUCCUAGAAGAUGCAUACGAGUUAAUAACCAAGAUGCCAAUGGAGCCAAGUGCAGCUGCUUGGGGUGCCCUAGUCCAUGCUUGUAGGAUGCAUGGGAAUGUUGAAGUAGCUAAGAUUGCUGCUCCUAGACUCUUGGAGCUGGACCCUGAAGACAGCGGUAUCUAUGUUCUGCUAGCUAAUAUUUGUGCCAGUGGGAGAAGAUGGGGUGAUGUCAAAAUGGCAAGAAGAAUGAUGAGGGAGAGGAGGGUGAAGAAGAUCCCUGGGCGUAGCAUUGUAGAAGUUGAGGGCAAGUUUCACGAGUUUUUGGCUGGUGAUGAAUCACACCCGCAAUCUGAAGGCAUUUAUAACGCAUUAGAUCAAUUAUUUGCAAUGUCUAAACUAGAGGACUGUUUUGUAAAAUAACUUGGAAUUUAUUAAAUUGAUUUUUUCUAUUUUAUAAUCAAA